GUCGGGUCGUAAUAUCUACCCGAUAACUACUUUACAUUAAUUAAUCAUAUUAACUGCGGCUGAUUUUUUGCUCGCUGCUUUACCCCUCACUUAGUCUCAUACGAAACUCCUCCCCUCUCCACUUACAGAGUCACUCUCCUCUCUCUUUUACUCACCGACAUAUACUUAGUAUUGCUGUGCUUCUAGUCCCCCCGCGGCAAACAAUACCAUCAUGGUCGACACAAUCAACCUCACCUCCAACAUCGGCACUUGGCUGGGAGCCGCCGUCGCUAUAAUAGCACUGGUGGGCGUUGUCGGCCCUUACCUCGCCCUCCGCGCCUCUCUCAGUGAUAGCAACCGCGCCCUGAAUGCCGUAAAGGACGACUCGGGCAAGUACGUUACCCGCGGGUACCGCUUCACCCGUGGCAUGCGCGUCUUUCGACGUAUCCGCGUCCCGGACCUUGCUCCCUCGUACAUCUCGAAUGAGACUACGACUAUCCCCCUCGUGGCUCCUGCGGCUACCCGAGGGCCCUGGACAAUUCGCGGCAGGAAAAGUUAUCAGCAGUUCAACACUAGUUGGGCAAAACUGGCGGAGCUCAUUGAGUCGUAUCAGGCUCAUGAUCUAGACGGCGAGGCGGAGGUGGACCUCUGCGUGCCUAGAGGAGGGACACUCGAGAUUGUGCAGAGCCAGACCGCGCUUGUUGCCAGCAAGUACUGGGUGCUAAUUUUGGGCUUACUAGGACGAUAUGGGAACAGGCCGGAUAAGGGCGUGCUUCACAGGGCUCGCGUACGUCGCAAUCGGCAGCAGGAGCUCGGCUUAAAACGAGAUAUCAAGAAUGACUUUAGGACGUUCCACCCUGGCGUACGUCCUAGGCGCCCCAGGACCACUCCUGUUGACGAGGGGGAGCGGCAAUACCGGGUCUUGUCCCCUGUUCCACUCCCCGACGAGCCAACCCUCGGAAACCUGACUCCUCGAAGCGACUCCGAUUCUGGCUCUUCACUAUAUCGCCGUCCGCCCACCAUCUUUGGGAUUACGGGCAGGAUACGAAACUCUGGAAGGCAGAAAGGAUCAUGGAACUACCUGAACUUGGUCUCGUUUACCCCACACACUAACAAGGAUAUGUUUCCAGCUAAGGGCCGCCCUGCGAAGCGCGAUGUAGUCUCGCUCGAGACACUGUUUUGGCUGGCGCAGGGUUUUUUGCCCUGUGGAAUGGAAGCCGAUGGCCAGCGCGUGGUCAUAUCCCUCGAAGAUCCCGGUGAUGAAGAGGAGGAUGCAGUAGUCCAUGGCAACUUUUCCGCGGAUAACCUCGACGUGAGCAUUUCCGUUUUUGACCUACAAGAGAGCGACGACAUGCCCCGCUCUACUGGCAACGCCCUACGGUCGCUGGGUCUCACGGAACCAAGGGAGCCUAAAGUCUUGCGCCUCCUGCCAUACGACCACAACAGCGCCAUGAUGCGAGUGCUGAUCACCAGUAUCCGCCUGACCACUCACCGUGGGCCAAGACGGAAGCGGAUUAUGAACGUACACCAGGCGACUAUCUCGUUCCAGGAGGCCGGCAAGCGGUCAAUAUGGAUAUUUCCACGGAACGCGCUCGAGAAGCCUAUCGGACUGUUCCUUAGUCUCGAGUGGGAUCCGUGGGGUUUCGUGGUGAGGAGGCACAGGUUUUUCAGCAUGCUACUGUCUAGGACUACGGUGAUUAUGCACCAUAGCGAGACGUUUUUGUCGAAGACAUUUUGGGAGUCGUUGGGUAUGGGGCAGAUACCGCUAGGGAGUUUCAGGCCAGAUGUAGAUCCUUCGGAUCUCAAGUUUAACGCGAAACACCUGCGUGAGAGGAUCGCCCUUGACAAUUAUCUCUCUAAUUACCUGGGGGAAUCGACUGCGCUUCCGCUAAAGCUAAGUCUGGGGGCAUUGUUUAUCCUGGACGACGCCUUCCAGACAUGGGUGGACCGUGCCAUUCGACGGCUGCAAAUACAGGAAAGUAUGAGUUUCGACGAGGUACGAAGGGAGAACCAGGACAAUACACGUGGGCUGACAGAAAAACUCAACUUGCUGAAGGAGAGACAUGCCACAAAGAGGGCAGAAACCUUGGGGAUCAAAAGCGAAGCGAGCUUAGCUGGGGACAAUCCAAGCCGGGAGUCUUCUUCGCAAUCUCAGAACGAGUCACAUGCCCCUUACUUCUCGGUCUCGGUCCCAACGUUUCUAGUGGAGGAGGAAUUCAACCGCACGACUAUAGAUAUACAACAACUGGAAGAGGAAACCCUGGCCGAUUUCGGUGUACGAUACGAGCUGGGCACGCAGUUUGAUGAAGACCUAGAACUUGAGGUGCAGUGUUUCGUGGUCGAGGGCCGCGUCCCCGAGUGGGAGCAAGAGAUCUUAUUGCAACAUACCCAGAUCUUACGCGAGCUGCGUGACAAGAUUGAGGAAGCAAAAGUGGUCGCAGAGACUAGCCUCGAGUACGAGUUUUCAUCCAAGUGGCUCACGUGGCGCAGAGGCGACGGCAACGGGGGAAAGGAGCGGGAAUUGUCCUGGUCGCUCGGGGAUGAGUUGCUGAGAGUCCCAGGGCCGGAGGCCAAGAUAAUGUGUCUGACGAUUAUGGACAGGGACAUUUUGGUUAUUGCGCUGUGGGUGAUGAAUCGGGCGGCCAUGUGGAUUGGGUCGCUGGAUUCAAAGCCGCUGUUGCGCUUCGUGGACACGUUGGAUCCGUAUGUUUACGUUGUCUAAUACGCUAGUGUAUUUACUUUAUAACAAGGUGUGUAGUCAUUUAGUCGAGUAGAUUAACUCUUAUUAAAUUAUAAGUCUCUAAUUCGU